GGUUUGCACUUCAUCAAAUGUUUGUGGCCCUGGCCGGCCUCCGUAGGCGGGCAAAUAUUUUGCUCGACCGGCGGAGAAGUACAAGCAGUUCACGGAAGUAAGUGCAAACUUUUUGGAACUCUUCGUAGUUCAGGAUGUGAACAGAUUAGUGUUUGUUUUGUUCUUGAGACAGGGCGAGGGAAGUAUGUGGACGCCGUGUAGUGAGGACCUGUGGAGUUCCUGAACUGAACGCCGUGGUGGAGGUGGUUGGGGGCAAACAGUUACAUAGAAUGAGUUCCUGGAGGACCACAUCAUGCUUGAUAAAGAAGAAGAGCCUCAAGGAGAUGGAUUGACACAGCGGCUGCAACGAUGGGCUCACACACGGCAAUGAUUGUGAGGAUGGCGCAAGACCCAGCAGUGUUUCAUGCUCUUCUGUAUUGGGUCACUCCUACAGGUCCUGACUCUUCAGCUGCAAGAGAAUGAAUUGAAGAAAGGAGGAAAAGUUUCCAGGAUUUGGGUAUUGUCAUUUCUGGGGACACCCUUCACAGGAGACUGAGAUUUCUGAACAGAAAUUUAGAGCAGAUCCAGAAAACACAGAGAGAGAGAUCCCAGAUGCUGGCUUUGUCACAAGAAUAAAAGAAAAUGGUCAAGGUCCAGGAAUCACUGACAUUCAGUGAUGUGGCUGUGGAGUUCACCUGGGAGGAGUGGCAGCUCCUGGACCCUGCUCAGAAGGACCUGUUCUGGGAUGUGAUGUUGGAGAACUACAACAACCUGCUGUUGGCAGGGUAUCGAGUUAGCGAACCAGACGCACUCUCCAGGUUAGAACGAGGAGAACAGCCAUGGACUAUAUCAGACGAAAGUCAUACUCGAAACUUUUCAGAAAUCUGGGAGGUUGAUGAUCAUCUGCCUGGGCACCAGCAAAAUGAAAGCCAGGUGGACAGCAUGGAACAGCGCUCUGAGCAUAAUGCAUUGGAAAAUAUUAUUCAUGAGCACAAAAGUCAUUUUCCUUUAAGGGAAAAUCAUGGUAUGUUUGACUUACAUGGCAAAGCUGUGAAAUCAAAUUUAAUCAACCAGAGCAAAAGCGAUGAAAUAAAAAACUCUGCUGAGCUUAACAGAGUUGAGAAAACCUUUCUCCAUGCUGACCAGGAGCAGUUUCAUAUUGAGUCUAAAUUCCCUGAGAAUCGAAUAUCCAACACUACUAAGUCCCAGCUCACUAAGCCCCAGAAAACUCACAAGAUAGAGAAACUGCAGGUAUGCAGUGAAUGUGGGAAAGCCUUCAUCAAGAAGUCUUGGCUCAUUCGUCAUCAGAUCAUUCACCCAGGAAAGGGUCCCUUUGUAUGUAGUGAAUGUGGAAAAUCUCUUACCCAGAAGUCAAGUCUCAUUAGACAUCAGAAAUGUCACAGAAAAGAGAAACUCUUUCAGUGCAGUGAAUGUUCGAAAGCUUUCUCCACAAAGCACAAGCUUAUUAUACAUCAAAGAACUCAUAAAGAGAGACGGCAUGGCUGCAACGAGUGUGGAAAAACUUUUCUUUACAUGUCUUGCCUUUUUAGACAUAAAAUAAAACACACAAGGAAGAAACGUGUAGAUUCAGGCAAAGUGGAAGACCCUUCCCGAGCAAGUCAUUCCUCAUCACAUACCGGUGAUCUCAUGCGGGAUAAAAACCCUGUUAGUACAGUGACUGUGCAGAUACCUUCUGUGGCAGCUCAGACAUCAGUAAACACCAGUGGGCUCUUAGCUAGUAGGAACGUGGUCCUUGUGGGACAGCCUGUUGCCAGAAGGGAACCCUCGGGAGAUAACAGAGAAUUUGUACAGCAGAGAGUCCUUAUGAACACGGUGAAUGUGGUAGUGCCCAUGAAUGCGGUGAAUGUGGUAGUGCCUAUGAAUGCGGUGAAUGUGGUGGUACCUUCAGUGUCCAACUGUAUCUUAUUUUAUGUUCCACAAAACCCGUAGGAUAAACUCAGAUACCUUCAGUCGGGACUAGUGAUUAGCAAAAAUUUCUACUUGACUGUAUAGGUAGUAAGUAUAUCCUGAGGGAAAUCAUAUGAAUGCAGGAGCUAGGGAAGCUGAUAUGCUCAUUGUACGUAAAUAUAUCCAUUGAUAUCGAGACGUAAUCUGAUUUUAACCAAAGUGCGUACACAUUGGAUUGCUCUGUUUUGUUGAUUAAAUGACUGAAAGUCUGAGUUCAUGUCAGUGGACAAAAUAGGGAACAUGGGUUUCUAAAACAGAAAAAAUAAUCAGUAUCUGGAAUGUUGCCAGUUAUUUGCCAUCAAAUCAAUUGUGAUUCAUGGCAACCCCAUGUGGUAUAAAAAAAAUCACAUAGGAGGUGAUUGGUGGGUAAAGGGCAGCAUUGGAUUGGUGGGAAUUGGGGCACAUUUAUGUCAGUUCAGUUUGUCCAGAUCAGUGGGAAGGAUCAAUUGAAAACCAGAAUGUCUACCAUUAAUUUUAGAAUUCUAUAUUUUGCAGGGGGACUUAUGAAACAAUAGACUUACAUUGAGUCUAUUCAUGAGUGUAAGGAGUAUUUCUCACAUACUGCCUUUUUGCCUGACCCUGUUUCCGGGAGCUGAGGACACAGUGGGGAAUAAAAAAAAGUCUAUGCUGUUUUGGAGAGAGCAUUGAGUUAGUUGUAUUAUAUUUAAACGGAGUCUUCACACUCCAGAUAAUCUAGUCAAAGGAUGUGGGCAUGGCAGAGGUGUCUGACCUUCUGUAACUUCACAAGGAGGAAGAAGAAUCAAGAUUAACAGCCUAAGGCUGAGUCCUAUGAAGGGGAGAUCAAAUGUACCUCCUCUCCCCACCAUCUUUACCAAUUCUGCCACCAACCGUCUCUCUCAUGGCACUCUACUUCUCUGCUGGGUUUGAUGAUUCAUUGUAAUGCCAUACAGAACUCACAGACCAUAUUCACAGUUACGGGGUUUAUUAGGGCAAUAACAGGUUACAAUUCAGGCUCAGAAACGCUGAGGAUAAAUUUCUUCAAUUAGGACAGCUUCUUUUCAGCCAUGCCCACAGGCAUGCCCCUCUCUGGCCCUUCAGCCUCUGCCCUGCUAGGACAAGUGUUAAAAAUCUUUUUUUUUAACUCUGCUGAUAAGUGGCCAGAGGCACCCAACUCCGCCAGUAAGCCUUGGGCCGGAGGCACUCAGGUCUGGCUCCAUGGGUCUGCAGCGUAGUGCCACCGGAUGGCCAGAGACACCCUUCACCAGCAAACCUCCGCCCAAAGGCACUCAGCUUUAUCGUUCUGCAGAAGCCCACUGCACCAUCUCCUCCUGGUCAUCUAAUUCUGUUGCUUCCAUUUCACUGCCACCACCUCUGGCUGUUUUCAGUGUUACAGCUCUCUCUCAAUCUCCUGGCUCUAGGAGCUUCUCCUUGCAGGGAUCCCAGGUCCAAAGGGAGCGCUCCAGUCCUGGCUCUUUGUGGCAGUGUGACCCUCUCCUUCCCACCUUUGAGAUGGCUCGUUUUAAGCCUAAUGGGAUGGCAAAACUGACCAGUCCCUUUGUUAGGGUGCCAUAGACCUUAUUUAGAUGGUCUCACCACCACAUGGGUGCCCUGAACUUUAUUUUAUUGUUAAUAGGGUAUCCAGUCCCCUUGGUAGGCCACAAUUACCUUAAUUCCCGUGUUGUCGUGUGCCAUGGAGUCGAUUCCAACUCAUAAAAACCCUAUAGGACAGAGUAGAACUGCGCCAUAGGGUUUCCAAGGAAUGGCUGGUGGAUUCGAGCUGCCGACCUUUUGGUUAGCAGCCUGAGCUGAGCUCUUGAUGACUUCUGCAGCAUAGCUACAAGACCAUGGUGAUAAAAGUGAUCCAUUGCACCACAAAGGAUGAUGUAAUAUCUACAUCAGUUGAGGUAGACAUGGAAUAAUUGGUACACCGGUUUUAGUUAAAAGUUCUGGUAGUGGGAAAGUCCUUAAAAAUUUUAAUGACAAUUUCUUGUCAAAAUCUAGUUGCCAUUUGAGUUGAUUCCUGCUCCUGAUAACCCCAUGCAUAUGAGAAUAGAACCAUGUUCCCUGGGGUUUUCCAUGGCUGAUUUUUCAGAAGUAGAUCAUCAGGCCUUUAUUCGAAGCACCUGUGGGUAGACUCGAGCUUCCAACCUUUCAGGUUAGCAGCCAAAUUCAGUUAACUGUUUGCACUAUCCACAGAUUGUUGGGGUAAGGACUCCUUUUAAUGGUAGUUAACAAUACUUGUUAAGCUGUUGUUGGUGAAGAAUAACAAAUGUACUGUGGACUGCCAAAAGAACAAACAAAUCUGUCUUGGAAGAAGUACAACCAGAAUGCUCCUUAGAAGCAAGGGUGGUGAGACUUCGUCUUACAUACUUUGGAAGUGUUAUCAGGAGCGAUCAGUUCCUGGAGAAGGACAUCAUGCUUGGUAAAGUAGAAGGUCAGCAAAAAAAGGAAGACCCUCAACGGGAUGGAUUGACACAGUGGCUGCAACAAUGGGCUGGAGCAUAACAAUGAUUGUGAGGAUGGCGCAGGACCAGGCAAUGUUUCGUUCUGUUGUACAUAGGGUCACUAUCCAUUGGAACCAACUUAAAAAAAAAAAAAAAAGG